UCUGGUUUACAUAGAUUUACAAGCCGGUGCACAUAUGCAAAACUGCAAGUACAUUAAAUAAAAAGUAAUUCUACUUGACAAAUCUAACCUUUCAAAUAACCUGUGAUAAAUGUCGCAUUGAGAAACACAUUCAAUAUCUUCACCAUGCUAUCGAUAAAUAGUGUAAAAUUAAUUAUUCCGGCGAGCCAUACAACGUGGAAAAAUUAUGUAGGUAAUACGUACUGUCACCUGAAAAUCUAUCGCAACAGAUACAAGCACCUAGUUCAAACUUUUGGUUAUUCCACGAAAUGUGAUAUAAAAAAGAAUGCUGGUUCAUUGCUCGAUCCCAGGGUCGAGGCACUGCGAGAGAAAUUGAUUUAUUGCGAUUAUCUAGAUCGUAAUAAGGUGACAAUGAAUUAUAUGAAGCGUUUUAUGCAGAAGAAGAAGAUGGAAUUUAUUGAUAGUCAAAUGCGGGUUGACAGACUUAUGAAGCCUGUCUACAGUAUACUCUUAGAUAAGAAAAAUGAUGAGAGCAAUGACAGUCAUCUGCAGGAAGCAUGUACAGAAGAGCAACCGACAAAACCUAUUAAAUCUGUGCAUAUGCCAUAUGCGAGUACUGAUGAAUAUAGUAAUGUAAAGAUGUCGUCGGAGAAUGUAAAUGAUAAUAAUUUUGAUGAAUUGGCAAUACCUUUGAAUGACAAAUAUAAAGCUCUGUACGAUAAAUAUUUGGAAGAGAAGAAGGUAGCUUCUAGCAAAGAGACAAAGCUCAUUUUAAAGGAAUAUUUAGAGGAAAGAGAAACGGAUUCUUCGUACAAGUACAACUUGUCCAAUGUUCCACCUAAUUGGAUGGUCGAUGUCGAGGAAUAUGAUGAUACCUUAGAUAUGUGGCUCGACAAUUAUGGCACUCCAGAUCCCAACUCUAAAAUCAGCUCUGUUCCUUGUGGCGGAUGCGGCGCCUUGUUACAUUGCAAAGAUCACGCUCUGCCAGGUUACUUGCCUUCAGAACUGUUUCUGAAUAAAAGCGAGAAGGAACUGCGAGUCAUGGUCUGUCAAAGAUGCCACUUCAUGAAAUACUAUAAUACCACGUUGGAGGUGAAAGUAUCGGCGGACGAGUAUCCGAAACUUCUGAAGGUAAUAAAAACAAAGAAAUGCGCUGUCAUCCUAAUGGUUGAUCUUACGGAUUUCCCGUGUAGCAUAUGGCCUGAGAUAAAUAGCGUGCUGCAUCCUCUGACACCAGUAUUUGUGGUAGGAAAUAAAGUUGACCUACUACCUCAGGAUUCGCCACACUUCUUCACUCAUGUUAAGGAAUGCCUAUCAAAGGCUGUGGAAAAUGCAGGAAUUAAAAAAGAGAAAAUCAGACACAUAGAACUGAUAUCUGCAAAAACUGGAUAUGGCAUAGAAGAACUAAUAAAUAAAUUACAUUCUCUAUGGAAAUAUAAAGGAGACGUUUACGUGAUUGGAUGCACAAAUGUGGGCAAGUCUUCUCUGUUUAAUGCGUUGCUACAGUCUGAUUAUUGCAAAGUACAGGCUGUGGAUCUUAUACAACGUGCGACAAUCUCUCCCUGGCCGGGUACAACUUUGAACUUGUUGAAGUUUCCUAUCUUAAAUCCCCUUAGAUGGCGGCUUUAUAUGAGAACGAUGCGAUUGAUAAAUGAACGACAAUUCAAACAUGAUGAAAACCGAAUAAAAAACGAUAUGUUCAAAACGACGCGUAAAUUAAAAUACGCUACAUUGCAAAGUCACAUUGGUAUGACAUUUCGAUCAAAAUUGACACUUAAGAGCGAUCCGUUUAUGGAAAAAAAAUACAGAUAUCAUAGGGAACGAUUCGGUUUCGACGAAACUAAGGAAGAAUAUAAAUACAGCCGCUGGUGUUACGACACUCCCGGUACCAUUCAACCAGAACAGAUCUUAGAUCUGCUAACGACACCAGAACUCUUAUCAGUUUUACCGAGGAGAAUAAUCUCUCCUAGAACAUUUAUUUUACAAACAGAUCAGACGAUAUUUUUGGGCGGAAUCGGCAGAUUGGAUUAUUUGGAAGGCGACGGUUUCAUUAGAUGCACGAUAUUCUCGAGUAGACAAUUGCCAAUUACUGUAACCAAUACUGCUGAUGCGGACAAUAUAUACGACGAAUUACUCAAAACGGAAGCAUUCGUCGUACCCGAGAGCAAUCCGGAGCGAUUGAAACAUUGGCCCGCAUUAGGAUCUAAGGAGAUGGAAGUCAUUGGUAUUGGGAGGAACGAGUCAGCUGCUGAUGUUGUUCUCUCCAGCGGCGGAUGGAUCGCGAUUGCUGGUGGACAAAACGUACGCCUUUCAUUAAAGGCUUGGACCCCGCAGGGACGCGGCUUACACCUUAGAACGCCGGCGCUCUUAAGUAAAUCCGUUGUUCUACGUGGUACUCGAGUCUUCGACGCACCAACAUAUAGAGACGGACGUCAAGCGUACAAAGCGUGAAGGAGAAAGAAUAGUUUUUACAUGUAUAAACUUCUUGUAUC